AUGGCUUUCAACUUCAACUGGUCCCCGCUUAUCGCAGACACGUCGCGCGCCCGCGACAUGCUCACCACCGCCCUCAACAAGUCGCCCAAGCCGCCCAUCAUCGUCGACGACAUCAUCGUCACCGAGCUGAACCUGGGCACCACCCCGCCCGAGCUGGAGAUACUUGAGAUUGGCGACUUGGCAGAGGACAGGUUCAGGGGCAUUUUCAAAAUGUCAUACGCCGGCGAUGCCUUCCUGACCCUCAAGACAAAGGUCCAGGCAAACCCGCUCAAGACGUACUUAUCCACAAAACCAGACUUUGCCUCGCCCCAGCCCUUGGCCGCCGCCUCGGGCCUGACGAUACCUCUGCAAAUCACCCUCUCCGAAAUCCGCCUGUCUGGCUUCGUCAUUCUCGUCUUCUCCAAGCAAAAGGGCCUGACGCUCGUCUUCCGCAACGACCCCCUCGAUUCGCUCAAGGUCUCUUCAACCUUUGACUCUAUCCCCUUUGUGCGCGACUACCUCCAAAAGGAGAUUGAGGGCCAAUUGCGUGUGCUGUUCAUGGAAGACUUGCCCGCUAUCAUCCACAGGUUAUCCCACCGAAUGCUCUCGCCAGAGUACCGCGAAAUCGACAUUGAAGAACGCUUGGAGGGGGCCAAGGACACAACCGCUGCCAUCGACCCUCUUGCAUCCCCGCCUCAAGAUGCCGUCGAUGCCUUUGGCAAUCCCCUAGACGAGGCCCAAAUAUCUGCCCUGUCCCUCGACUCGGGCGAGAUACAUGCUUCGUUUUCGCAGAAGAACAUCCUCCGCCUCGCCGCACUCUCCGAAUCCCAACGAACCCUGUCGCUCUUCACACCCGGCAUACGCGAUGCCGUGUUCCGUGCCUGGGCGGGUCAUCCCGACCGGCCCGAGUCUGGCGUCGCCACCCCUGCGCUUACACAAGGCAGUUUGUCAAGAAUACAGUCAACGUUUGGUAGCCUAAAAUCUGGCGCAUCCUCGGUUGCUUCUGAUAGCACGGGCAACGAGACCCUGAGCUCACGGCCGACCAUGGUUUCGUCCUUUUCCUCGUCCGCCGGAAUCAGUCUCGGCUCCGCUCGCUCACGCGCUGGGGGCAUGCGCAAACGGAAGAAGCGCGUUGUCGAUCUCCGGAAAAAGGACACCCCAGACUCUGGUGUGUCUACAGGAGAAAACACGCCAUUGCCGAGCGCGUAUGCAUCAGAGACAUCAAGCGUCAUACCGGAAGAGAGGGAGGCAGAGGACGAGCUGGCUACUCCGCCAAUGAGUCCCACACAGCCAGGGGUGCGCUUCGAGGGCAGACGUGGAAGUCUAGAUGUCGGUACCCCAAAACGUAUACCUGAGUCCAAGCCGGUACUCGAAGAGCCACCUGCAUUUGGUUCUCUGGCCCCUGCACCUGAAUUCUCAAAAGCACCUAGACCUGCAAAGUCGAAGCAGUCAGCACCACAGCACUCGCUACCAUUUGUACAUCUUGAAGACCCGUUCAUAUCCCGUGGAUCCAGACGCCCGCCCAUUUCCCACAACAAAUUACGACAGGCCCAGCAAUCCACCUCUCCACUCCUCCGCUCCCUGUCUUUCGACAAGGUCUCGUCCCUCUCGGCUCUAUGCUCGCCCCCUCGCGCCCUCUCCCCUCCUAAUACCAACAUGGCAUGCAGUUCCGGCGGCAUCCUCGAGCAAGCCUGGAUGCACAAGAUGGCACAGGAAAUUGCGAGAAAAGUGCAGGAAGAAAAGGAUCGGUCUUCCAGGCAGCGGCCCUCAGGUCACACACGCACAAAGACUGCCCCUGUAGGACGAAGCUUUUGGCAGAACGACGAUGAGAUUGAGGCUCCACCUGCUUAUGUGGCGUAA